AUGUUUCGCUUCUGUUUACAACUCUUUUCUUUCUUUCUCCUAUUCUCCACCACCAUCACCGCCGCACAACCAUACAAAGCCACCGAUAACUUCCUCCUCGACUGCGGUUCAUCUUCCACCACCGCCGUAACUUCCGGCCGGAGAUGGGAUGGCGAUGAGGAUUCUAAAUUCAUACACUCCAACACCGCCGCCACCUCCUUUUCAUACACACCUUCCUUCCAAGAUCCUUCAGUCUAUCAAAUCCCUUACACCACUGCUCGUAUCUUCAACAGAUCUUCAUUCACCUACAGGUUUCCGGUGUCCCAAGGCCCAAAAUUUCUCCGCCUCUAUUUCUACCCCGCGAUCUACUCCGACCUCAACGCCGACGAAUCUUUCUUCUCCGUUACAUCCAACGGUUACUCUCUUUUGACCAACUUCAGCGCUUCCCUAACCGCCUCCUUUCUCUCCAAAUCAGGUCCCAAAGUUUCCAGCUUUAUCAAAGAAUUUAUCAUCCAUGUCAAAGAUAGCCAGAGCCUCAACGUUACAUUUACCCCAUCACCCAAAUCGUUUGCUUUCAUCAACGGUAUUGAAAUUGUUUCUAUGCCGGAAAAUCUUUAUUACAUAGGUAACAACUUCAAAUCCGUGGGUACAAAUUCAGCACCUGGUAUUCAUGACCAGACAGCUCUUGAAAAUAUUUACCGGCUAAACGUCGGUGGGGCACAAAUUUCUGCAAAUGAUGAUACCGGUAUGUAUCGAUCAUGGGAUGCAGAUGAUCAUUACCUAUACCCCUCAUCAGCGCUUGGGUUUACACCUAAGACUGAAAUUCCGAUUACGUACACCACGGAGACACCAAACUAUACCGCACCUGAGAUAGUCUAUCAAACCCAAAGGAGCAGGAGCAAUAUCACCGCCGACGUCACCAUGACGUGGAGACUUCCCGUUGAUUCUGGGUUUUGGUACAUGCUCAGGCUCCAUUUUUGCAGUAUUAUACCACAAUACACGUAUAAAGGACAGGUGAUUUUUCAAAUCUUCAUUAAUAAUCAAACGGCUGAGGAUGAAGCCGAUCUAUUCUACUGGACUCCAGGUAGCGGGUAUGCUGUUUUCAAGGAUUACGUUGUGUAUGCCAACAGCCAAGAUCGUGAGGAAAGCAAACCAGAUUUAUGGCUCGCAAUGCAUCCUAAUGAACAAUCUCAAGAAUAUCGUGACUUUUUUCUAAAUGGUUUGGAAGUCUUUAAGCUGGACAUGAUGGGUAAUCUUUCUGCCCCCAACCCAGAACCUAGUUCUACAACCCCACCACCACCGGCGUCGUCGACAUUCGGCGGAACAAGGAACAAGAAGAAUACCCCAUAUGCCGUGAUAAUUGGAGGUGUUGUGGGAGGGUUAGUCGUGUUGACUGUAUUAGUUCUUAUAGUUUUACUCCAACGCAGGCGAGUGAAACACUAUGCUACCGCCGACGACAAGUCAUCGUGGGGCCCAGCUGAUCAUAGUGAAUCAAAAUCUACAAAGUCUAGCCAUUCAACGCUUCCAUCAGAUCGUUGUCGUCGUUUUUCACUUACGGAAUUAAAGGUAGCUACAAAUGAAUUUGACGACAGUUACAUCAUCGGAAACGGAGGGUUUGGUAAGGUUUAUAAAGGGUACUUGGACAAUACUACAACCACCGUAGCAAUCAAACGACUAAACCAAUCAUCAAGCCAAGGUUUACAUGAAUUCCGUACAGAAAUCGGGAUGCUGUCAAAAUUACGUCAUGUGCAACUAGUCUCCCUGAUCGGAUACUGUGAUGAUGAAGGAGAGAUGAUACUGGUGUAUGAUUACAUGGCUCAUGGGACUCUUCGGGAACAUCUUUACAAAACAAAAAAGUCACAUUUGUCAUGGGAAACACGUCUCAAUAUUUGCAUUGGAGCAGCCAAAGGUUUGCAUUAUCUUCACACAGGAGCAAAUCGUUCGAUUAUUCAUCGGGAUGUGAAGUCGACAAACAUUUUACUCGAUGAAAACUGGGUCGCAAAGGUGUCGGAUUUCGGGUUGUCGAAGCUAGGACCUAGAGAUCAUCAAGAACAAAACCACGUUAGCACAGUGGUGAAAGGUAGCAUCGGGUAUGUGGAUCCUGAAUACUAUCGAACCCAGCAUCUAACAGAUAAAUCCGACGUGUACUCGUUUGGGGUUGUUCUUCUUGAAGUAUUGUGUGCUAGACCUGUAAUGAUUCCAUCGCUUCCUAGAGAACAAGUGAGCUUGGCGGAAUGGGCGAAAUUAUGUUACCGGAAUAAGGCGACGCUGGAACAGAUAGUUGAUCCGAAAGUGAAGGGUGAGAUUGCGCCGGAGUGCUUGAGGAAGUUUGGGGAGGUAGCACUUAACUGCUUGAAAGAGCAAAGAAGCGAGCGACCAACCAUGGAAGAAGUUGUCUGGGAUCUGGAGUUUGCAUUGCAGUUACAAGAAAGUGCUGCGAAAAGAGGUGGCGAUGUGGUGUCGGAUAAUCAAGAACUUCCGUUUUUAAUGCAUGUUGAGCCAACUACAACCGACGAUGAAGUGUUUUCGGGAUCAAGUGCAAUAAGAAAUGGUACAUCGUCGAUUAGCAGCAGCUUCGAAGGGUUCAAGUCAGAGACAGUUUUCUCCGAGAUGCAGAAAUCAACAGGACGGUAG